GAGGUUCCGAAGCCAGCUGCAGUUCCUUGCAACUUGCAGUCCUCUUCUCCAGUCCCAACCUCCCGCUCGUCCUCCCACCUCCCUCUUCCUCACUGCCCAACAAUAAUGCUUGUGUACUGCCAUGGCGCAGCGGGCAAGCACACACGCCCAGUCUGGCAGCGGGUGACUGCCCGAGGAAAGCAAGUUGAGCACAGCUGGUCACUUAGCUGGAUCCUCCAAUGCCACCUCGAUCUACCUACCCUUGUCUCUCACUCCUUAAUUCCCUGCAGUUCCUGCCUUCCCCUCUAUGCCCUGCCUCACUAACUCACUCUGCUCACUGCUCACUGCUCUCUAUAACUUGACCUCCUCGCAUUCGCACUCUCAUCACUCAAGCACAUCCCUUAGCAGCUCGGGUACUAGCUCCAUGGCCCUCGCUAAGCUCUCGCAGUGCCUCGCUCUUCUCUUUCUUCUGCUCGCACUUCGUCAUCUCGUCGAGGCGGAGAGCACAGAGAUGGCAUCCCUGGCUGCGGCGCCAUCUCCUGCGACUAAAAUUGACUGUGGAGCAGCGUGCGCUGUGAGGUGCAGCAAGACGUGGAAGCAAAAGAUGUGCAAGAAGGUGUGCAGGACCUGCUGCAGCAGGUGCAACUGCGUCCCGCCGGGCACUUCCGUGUACACGCGCCCCGCGUGCCCUUGCUACGCCACCAUGACCACUCACGGGGGCCGUCUCAAAUGCCCAUGAUUUUGUUUAGUUUCGAAUUCUUAAUGACUCACGUGGAGUCAUCGGAUAGUGGUAGAAGUCGAAUUGUUAUGGGUUUAUGGACGUUCGAUGUUAUAUUUUUUUUCAAUAAUAAGGUGUCAAUUUAU